AUGACCGUCCCUUAUCAGUCUUCCACGUCAACGGGGCAACUAAUCAGAGUGGAGCUCAUCGACGUUGAGUCGCAGAAAGUUGGUAAAGAGCUGGAUAAUUACUUGAGCAAGGUGGGCACCGAGAGAAACCAGCAUGCAUCCAGUACCCGAUGGCCAUGGGCGGUGAUUUAUUUGAAUGCAAGGGUUUGCACUCCUUACGGGGAGUUCGCUGAGGUGGUGUACUCCAUGGUUACUGGACUCUCCAGACUUGAUGCGGCACUCAAGACCAGAGACAAGAAGAUCAUAUUCUGA